UCUUCUAUUUUUAUUUGAAUGGCAAACUGUAUUUCAAAAAACACUUCACUUGUUCUCUAAAACUAAAAUACUAAUUCAAAACCCACCUUUUUUCACAUGUAUUUUAGAUUUUCUAUUUUUCUCUAAUUCUUUCCUCUCAAUCUCUCAACAUCGUUCUUAAAAAUUCAGAGAUAAGCAACGAUUGAAUGAAUGAUUCUCUCAGUUCGACGGCUGUGAUCGAGAGUUAACACUACAAAUCAUGUGGUCCUCCUUUUGGAGAUCCAGAGAUCGUUUCUCCUUGGAUGAACUCAGAUAUUUAACUGAUCAGCUGCAAAAGGUUCAAAUUGUAAAUAAUGUUAAUAAGAACUUUGUAAUUGAGACGAUGAGAUCGAUAUCGGAAUUAAUAACAUACGGAGACCAGCAUGAUUCGAAGUAUUUUGAUUUUUUUAUGGAAAGGCAAGUAAUGGGGGAGUUUGUGAGGAUACUUAAGGUUAGCAGAAUUGCUUCCAUUUCGCUUCAGUUGCUGCAAACAAUGAGCAUUAUGAUUCAGAACUUAAAAUCCGAGUGCGCCAUAUAUUAUAUAUUCAGUAAUGAGCAUAUUAAUUUUUUGAUAACUUAUAUGUUUGAUUUUCGGAAUGAGGAGUUGUUGUCAUACUACAUUUCUUUCUUAAGGGCAAUAAGUGGGAAGCUUGACAAGAAAACAAUUUCUUUGCUUGUGAAGACUCAAAAUGGCACCUGGUUGGUUGUAAGUGGUUCAAGCUGGCAAGAAAUGCAUGGCUUGCUGCCUAAACAGCAACAAACCCUCAAUCCCAAACUCGUUGGGCUUUACUGCCUAAAUAACGCUUGUUAUGAAGAAGUUGUUUCUUUUCCACUGUAUGUUGAGGCAAUACGGUUUGCUUCCCAUGAAGAGAGUAUGGUUCGCACUGCAGUCCGUGCUCUGACACUCAAUGUCUAUCAUGUUGGAGAUGAAUCCGUGAAUAGAUUAGUUGCGAAGGCCCCUCAUGCUGAUUAUUUUUCAAACUUGCUUACAGUUUUUCAGAAGCAGUGCAUCUAUCUAAAUGGAAUGGUCUCUGAAACUCUAAAAAACCCAGACUCAGAUACAACCACUGCAAUUCUUAAUGUUGUGGAUGAAAUUGAGGACAAUCUCUACUAUAUAAGUGAUGUUAUUUCUGCGGGGAUUCCAGAAGUUGGGAGGUUAAUAACGGCCAAUAUUUUGCAACUUUUGAUAUUUCCUUUGCUUCUUCCAUCUUUGCUGUUGGAUGCUGUUGAUGAUAUUCAGAUUGGUGCUAUCACUUCUCUAUAUUUGCUCUGCUGCAUCUUACGCCUAGUGAAAAUCAAAGACUUGGCAAAUACCAUUGCUGCCUCUCUUUUCUGUCCACCAGAGGCUUUUCUUCCAGAUUCUGAGACUAAACUCAAUGGUCAUGCACCUGAUCAUGGGCAUGAAAUCCAACAGACAGAAAAUAAGAAUGUGAUUGAGGUGGAUGGAUGUUCAAAAAAAUUCUUGCCGAGCAUGUCUAGUUCUUUGCUAGUUCACCCUGAAGAUAUUAUCUCAAAAGGUGUUUCUCGUUUAACUUUGAGGGAUGCUUUACUUUCAUAUAUUACAGCUGGAGAUGAUCUUCAAGUUUUGAGUUCCUUGAGCAUGUUGGCUACAUUGUUGCAAACAAAAGAAUUAGAAGAAACAAUGCUAGAAGCUCUUGGAAUCCUCCCCCAGCGCAAGCAACACAAGAAACUCUUGCAGCAAGCAUUGGUUGGUGAGGACUCGAGGGAAGAUCAACUUUUUUCAUCAGGAAGGAGCUUUAUAAGAGAUGGAUUUAGUUGUGAGCUUGAUGGCUAUCUACAAAAUCUCAAGGAGCAGUAUGGGGUAGCAUGCUCUUCCUUGGAGGUGGGAACAAGCCCCUCCGUACAUAGAUUUCAGGUGCUUGAUGCAUUGGUUAGUCUUUUUUGCCGGUCUAAUAUAUCCCCAGAGACAUUGUGGGAUGGUGGUUGGCUUUUGCGUCAGCUACUUCUCUAUAGUGAGGCAGGAUUCAAUAACCAGCAUCUUGAAUUACUGAGAACUUCUCAUACACAGGAUUCAUAUAAGAAUUGCACUUAUGCUCUUCUUGAGGAGGCCAGAGGUACCUGGCCCGAUCUACUUGUAACAGUCUUACAUGGUGAAUGGAAAAGGUGCAAAAGAGCAAUGGAAGCUCCAUCUCCCCGGAAAGAGCUGAAGUGCAUGCUCUUGCCAUUAGACAAGCCCUCCUUUGAUGAUGUUCUUCCCAACAAAUCAUCAUUUGUUGCUGGUGAAAGAAUGUGCAAGGUGGUAAAGGUGUUUGCACUUCUUCAUCAACUUCAAAUUUUCUUCCUUGGUAGGGCUUUACCUGAGCAGCCUCCUACUUGUCCUCCAAGUGAUAUCCCAGAAAAUUCCCGUGCAAGAAAUGCUGGCCUGGAUGUUUCAGGUCCAAAACUAGGCUCUGAGUUGAGACUAGUUGAUGCUGUGCCUUGUAGGAUUGCAUUCGAGAGGGGUAAGGAACGUGAUUUUUGCUUUUUAGCAAUUUCAAUGGGUGCAUCUGGGUGGAUCCUGCUUGCAGAAGAACUACCCAUGAAGAAAAAUUAUGGAAUCAUCCGUGUUGUUGCUCCUUUAGCAAGUUCUGAUCCUACAAUUGAUCAGAAGCAUUCAAGAUGGUUACACUUGCGAAUCCGUCCAUCUACUUUACCCUUUUUUGACCCUGCUAAACUCAUUUCUCUUGGGAGGGCUAAGACAAAAGCUCCGGUGGAUGGGAGAUGGACCAUAGCAUUCAUGGAUGAUGAAUCUUGCAAGUCUGCUUUGUCUAUGAUUCUUGAGGAGAUUGAUCUGCAAAGCAAUGAAGUCGAGAAAAGACUAAAACCAUUGCUCAACCAUGAAGGAGCUAUAGAUGUUCCAGACACUUCUCCACAUCCUCCUGAUGAUGCUUCCUCAUCAACUGCAACACCUUCUAAUUCAUUAGGACCACCGAUUUGAUUUUCCAGAAAUAAUUAUGGCAGUGGAGUUCGGGUUUACAUCCCUUUUUUUCAUCUGUCUCUCUCCCCUUUCACUUUCUGGGAUAGCUUUUGGAGGGGUUCCAUUCCUUUGCUGAUCUACAUGUGGCCAUGUAUUAUUUUCAAGUCCCUAUCAGCAUUCCUGGUCUUGAACAUUAAAGGGUGAAUCAUUCUCACCGUCCAGGUAAAGCUGUCUUCUUGUGAUUGCUGUGUACAUGUGGUGAGGAUUCACAUUUAUGGGCAAUUUUCAACGACCUAGUAUUUAGUUACUUGGUGUUCUUUUCACAAACUAAUGUGCCUCUAUAUUGAGUGGUCCCAGGGUUUCAUGCCUUGUAUGAUAGAAAUUGACAUGCUUAAAUCAUUGAAGAAUGCUGAUUUCACCGAAACUUCCCCCCUGAAAUCACCUCUCGGAACUCUCAUCCAUUCAAUGGGCGGCCCUGCACGUAGAUCCCACAAAUCACUUUGUGGUGGGUUCUUGGUAUGGUGGUCUCAGUAAGAAUCUUGGGGUAAAAUUAGCAUUACUCUAAGAAGUUAAAAGGCAUCUCUGGAUUUCAAGCCUUUUGAUUGAAGAAAACGCCGAAGCUUCACUGAGAAUCUGUAUCAAACUUUUGAGGUUGGGGCGGAACUACAAAUUAGAAAUCCUUCAGAUCUAUAAACGAGCUCAGAAAUGGUUUUCCACAGGAUUAGGAGGGUCUUAGAAGGAACAUAUUUCUGUAGCAAAAUCAUCAUGAAUUGACGGUGUUUAAAGCAUGUCAACAAUUUAAAUUCAAAGAUUCUCGUCCAUUUGUUCCC